AUGGCACCGAGGGCGAAACUGGGAUAUUUGGUAGGAUAUGUGGCAUCAAAUGUGUGGGAAAUUUGGUUCCCAGACAACGACAAGGUGAUGCACGUGAGAGAUGCAGUGUUUAUUGAGUCGAGGCGUUAUAAAAAUGACGCUAAACCGCGAGUUCCGGAGGCAGAGAUCCCUGCUAACGCUCAAAUUAUAUCUGAAAUGGAUGCUAUAUUAGCGCACCAUAUGGAGAUGGAGGCGUGGGGACUUACACCAACCUUGGAAUCAAUCGAUCAGAACACGCAAUUCGGCACCAUAACCGACUCAAAUCUUACCACUAUCGAUCUAUUAUCUCUCCAAAAACCGAUCGAGAUGGAACCACGUGAUGUUGAACCACCAGAAACACAACCGUCGGAGGUGCACGAUAGAAGGGAUAUAGGAGAAAAAACUCCCGAACCACACACUCAACUUCCAACUCCCACUGCCACACCGCUUCCAAAUUUGACAGAGCCUACCUCACCGCCUAUCUCUGAACCAAUCGAAGUCGAUGAAACUCCAAAUUUGGAGGAGAUAGAGGAGGAAAACACACUAAAUUCAGCGGAGGUAGAGGUGGAAACAGGCACGAAUCGAGUCGAAUCGGAGGUUGAAACCAUAUCGAAUAAAGUGGAAUCUGAACCAGAGGAAGGAGAUGCACUCACACGUGCACCCAACGAUAUCAAUGGUGAUGUCGAUGAAUCGAAUAUCCUCCAAACAACACGAACACGUCGACCACGAAUUGAUCCCGAUUUCCAGAGUUUUUACUCCAAAUUUCACCUCCUAGAGAAGGAGGAUCGAGAAAUACGUCGUGCAUAUACGACAGCUUUCAAUAUUGGCAAAACGAUGCCAAAUCGACUACACAGUGACGAUUUACCACCACCUCCGAAGUCGUGGAAAGAUCUGAGAACACAUCCGUAUGGAGAGAUGUUCUAUACUGCUGCUCGAAUAGAGAUUGAAGCUUUGAAAUCCAAAGGCACGUUUGAUGUUGUGGAUGAACCGGUUGACGUCAGUAAACAGGUUUUACCAUUAUUAUGGGUUUUCACAUACAAACUCGAUGCGAAUGGAUAUCUAAUCAAGGCUAAGGCCCGAAUCUGUGUGCAUAUGGGAGAGGCUAAAUGGUUUCUCGGAAUUCGCAUAUUGCGAGAUAGAGAGAAAAAGAAGCUUUGGUUGUGCCAAGAUGCAUAUGUGUCGCAUAUGGCACAUAAAUUCCAUCGAAUUGAUCAACAUAAGGCUACUACUCCUCUACCAUCGGGAGAAAUUCUUAUGCCAUCCGAUAAGGAAGCUACAGCCUCCCAAAUCAAGGAAAUACAGCAAAAAAUUGGAUCAAUUCAAUAUCCAGCGAACCAGACCCGACCAGAUAUCGCAAUUCAUGCGUCAAAACUGGCCCAAUUCGCUGCAAAUCCUAGUCAAAGACAUCUCGAAUCGGUUGAUCGAGUUAUGUCAUAUCUGUACCAGACACGCUUUCACGCCAUUGAAUAUAGCCCGCGAAACGACACCGAUUCCAUACUGAAUUCCUCUUUUGUCAUCGCCGCCGAUGCAUCGUUUGCAGAUAAUCACGAUACCAAGUCGUCGUAUGGAUAUAUAUGCAAGGUGUACGGAGGAGCCGUUGAUUGGAAAUCGUCGAAGCAACGUUCAGUAUCAACAUCGACAACAGAAGCUGAAUUUCGUGCGUUGCUAGAAGUGGGAAAAAUUCUAAUUUGGUGGAAGCGCAUGCUCAAAGCUAUUGGCUUUGAAUUAUCUCAUCCUACUCCGAUUCUGUGCGAUAAUGCACAAACAGUUCGACUGCUUACCAGCGAAAAUCCUGGAAUUGAUACCAAAUUGAAGCACGUCAACGUGGCUAAAAAUUGGUUAUACGAACGCAUUCAACGUGGAGAUAUUGAACUCAAAUGGAUCUCAACCAGUCAAAUGCCUGCCGAUGGUUUGACCAAGAUCCUCCCACGAUCCAAAUUCGAAGAAAGCCGUCGAAAACUUGGGAUGGAAGAUAUACGGCACUUGAUAGAGCCGUAUGGAGAGGGAAAAACUAUGGUUUAA